UUCCAUCACCGCCCCUCUUCCUCUAAUCUUCUCGUCGGCCGGAAAAAACAAAACCAUGCAGUGGAGUCGGUGGACACUCUCGGUAAUCCUCCUUCCGAUCAUGUUCGGUUUAUCAACCUCCGACAUCAACCAAGACAAGACGGAAUGCGGAGAUCAGCUGGUGGGGCUGGCUCCGUGCCUCCCCUACGUGGGCGGAGAGGCCGGAACCCCCACCAUAGACUGCUGCAGCGGGCUGAAACAGGUACUGGACAAGAGCAGGAAAUGCCUGUGUGUGUUGAUUAAGGACAGGGAUGACCCCCAGCUUGGCCUCAACAUCAAUGUUUCUCUUGCAUUGACGCUUCCUAGUGCCUGUCGUGCUCCUGUCAACAUGUCGAACUGUAUCUCUCUUCUGCACUUGAAACCCAAUUCUCAGGAAGCCAAAUUGUUUGAAGGAUAUCAAAAGUUGACGGAUGGGCAUUCCAGUGCUCCGGCGGCAGCUACAGCCCGUGGCAACUCCUCCACUAACAGUGCAGCAGACAAGAGUGAUGGAGAAAAGGCAAAGAGGUGGAUCGGAGUAGAUAUGGCUUUCGGGGUUUCACUAUGGAUUUUCACCAUUUACCACAACCACCUUGGUGUGUGAUGUAAUGCACUUAUAUUUUGCUCCUUCAUUCCAAUUGAUUAUGUAUUUUUUUUUAAAGUAAAUUUCGGUCUAGUCGAGUCGAGUCGAAUGAAAGACAAACGCAGUGAAAUGAU